GUGGAAGAGGAUGGCCACGGAGAUCAGUGCUCGGGCCAGACAGCGUGCCAUCGGGCACGAGGAGUACAGUCUGUACAGCAGCCUGAGUGAGGACGAGCUGGUGCAGAUGGCUAUUGAGCAGAGCCUGGCGGACAAGACGCGGGGCCCAGCCUCUGCCGAGGCUGCUGCGUCUGCACGUGUCAACCGCGAACCUGCCCAUUUCUACCCGUGGACCAGGUCCGCUGCACCUCCCGAGAGCUCACCGGCCCCGGGCCCCAUGGGCUUGUUCCAAGGCGUGAUGCAGAAAUACAAGACCUCCCAGCUGGCGGCCGUGGACCCCCUGCUAAAGGCCAUCAAGGAGGGCGAUGAAGAGGCCUUGAAGGCCAUGAUCAAGGAAGGGAAGAAUCUCACAGAGCCCAACAAGGAGGGCUGGCUGCCCCUGCACGAGGCGGCCUACUACGGCCAGCUGGGCUGCCUGAAGGUCCUACAGCGAGCAUACCCAGGUACCAUUGACCAGCGCACCCUGCAGGAGGAAACAGCUCUUUACCUGGCGACAUGCAGAGAACACCUGGAUUGCCUCCUCUCACUGCUCCAGGCUGGGGCAGAGCCUGAUAUCUCCAACAAGUCCCGAGAGACGCCCCUCUACAAAGCCUGCGAGCGCAAGAACGCGGAGGCAGUGAGGAUUUUGGUGCAGUACAACGCAGACACCAACCACCGCUGCAACCGAGGCUGGACAGCUCUGCACGAAUCUGUUUCUCGCAAUGACCUGGAGGUCAUGGAGAUCCUGGUGAAUGGAGGUGCCAAGGUGGAAUCGAAGAAUGCCUAUGGCAUCACUCCCUUGUUUGUGGCCGCCCAGAGUGGGCAGCUGGAGGCCCUGAGGUUCCUAGCUAAGCAUGGCGCUGACAUCAACACACAGGCCAGCGACAGCGCGUCUGCCCUCUAUGAGGCCUGCAAGAAUGGGCACGAGGAGGUGGUGGAGUUUCUGCUGUCGCAGGGCGCCGACGCCAACAAGACCAACAAGGACGGGCUGCUUCCUCUGCACAUCGCCUCCAAGAAGGGCAGCUACAGGGUGCAACUUGAGCAACAGACCUCUGUGAUCCCAGGACCUGCCUGUUUCUGUGAGAUCCUGUCCACCCCGGAGGUGAGCCGCUGGGCGGGUCCCAUCAUCGAUGUGCUCCUGGACUACGUAGGAAACGUGCAGCUGUGCUCACGGCUGAAGGAGCACAUUGACAGCUUCGAGGACUGGGCCGUCAUCAAGGAGAAGGCAGAACCUCCGAGACCUCUGGCUCACCUUUGCCGGCUGCGGGUUCGAAAGGCCAUUGGGAAAUAUCGUAUAAAACUCCUAGACACAUUGCCGCUCCCGGGCAGGCUGAUCAGAUACCUGAAAUAUGAGAACACCCAGUAACCGGGGCCUCAGGGAGGAAGGAGUAGCCCCUCAGACUGUUUUCACUGAGUCUCAGGAUGGUGGUGUCCCCAAAUCCAAGGGGACCUGGUGACAGAACGAAGUUGCAGGCCACCUCCCUCUCAGCUGGUGCAGCUGCCGUGAUCUUGCUGGGUCUCUGGACCAGAACUUUUCCCAGAGCAGAGGACGGAAUGUGUCAAGUAGGAGAAGAAUUGUUUGUUUUCAAACCCACGAGGAGAUCCCAGACCUCUGCCAUCGGGAAUGAACCUCCAUUCCUGGAGCCAGGAGAGGGGCCAGGGCAGAACUUGAGGUGGUCUGGGGAAGUUGGGGCCAGCAGGGACCCCCUAGCCUCCAACCUGGGCUUCUGCAGCUGGAGAACUUUUAGGGAAAAUUUUGCCUAUCGAGGAUGGUCUCCUCCAGAGCAUUCCCCAUGCCCUACCCUUGCUCUGUGAAACUUUCCGUUUCUGAGCUUUCUCCCCAAAGGCAUGGCCGACAGGAGGGACACCCUGGCUCUUGGAGGGCUUCAUUAAGUACAAUAAAUGUUGCGCACAUGACA